CUGCGUUUUAUCAACUGUGGGAGGUUGACAGACAGUAACGUUUUUAUGGUCUAUUUCCUAGUCAUAGGAUCAAGAUGACUUGAGCGGUGUGAUUUCUCAGAAAGGGUUUGACCAGGGCGUUUGCUUGAUCGUGAACGAGCUAGGUUCUCGAACAAGACAUCCCGUUCUUGAUUGCGAUUGAUUUGCUAAAACCUGCUCUCGAUCGUUUAUGUACUUGUUCUGUCAUGCUGGUAAGAAAGUAAGAUUAGGAUUACUCUUACCCACGAGAAGUAGUUGUUGCCUUGAAAAGAUGAAGAAAGCUGUUCCGACUCAACAACAGGAGGAACGAAAGAAAGCCUCGUCGUCAUCGACGAGACAGCCUGCUUGUGCCACGACCAAGACAGAUGACGGGACCACGUCGUCCGCUGUUGCAAAAAAGCAGAAGACGAAUGCUCUUCUUGCAAGGCCCAACAAGAUUUUCAACGCGCAGGUGUACGACCUAGUGAAGCAAGUGCCGUAUUUAAGGCUACAAGCAAUCCAUCUUUACGUGCACCGUGGUCCCGUUUUUAAAGGGAGAAGGGGCACGAGGAUGCUGCUGAGCAUGGACUUGCGGUAGGUCUAACGUAUGGAAGCGUGACUACAUACAAAGACGUUGCUGUCGCGAUGAACUGUCCGAGGCAUGCGCGCCAUGUCGGAUUCGCGAUGCGAGAUUGCAACACGCAUGAUGUACCCUGGUGGCGGUGCGUCAACAGCGCUGGCGGAAUCUCCCUGAAAGGCACAGCUCUUGUUGUUAUGGUCCGGAUUUGGGUUCAUUCAGUACAUUUAGUAGAGUAUUCUGACUUAAUGUUUCUACAGGUAUAGGAGCGAAGAUCCUACAGCGUGGGCUUCUUUUUACCCUAGCGUGCGAAUGUAGUUUGAUUUUUAAGGGUACUAUUUCGCGAAGCGAGUAUCAGUUUUUCUUUUUCUUUCACCCUCUUCUCCUCUCUCUAUCUCUCUGGUGCUACUUCCCAGUGUACUAUAUCUUCAGAAUCUCUGGAGUCGACAGAAUGAAAUGUAGCAAAUUCUAAUGUUGAAAGAGCUGCUGAAGCUGCAGCAGAUGCAAAUGUUGCUGCGUCCGCAGGGGCCUCUGCGCCUGACAAAAUGACCAGGCGUUUGCAGCCUGCGCAUGACAAAAAGACAGAAGCCAAAAAUAGUGACGACCAGGCGUCUGCAGCCUCGCUUACAUCUGGGAAAAAGAGACCUAAUCGUGACGACCAGAAUGAAGAUACUCCAUCAACAGGGAAAGCUGUUGCCAUGAAGAGAAGAAGGAAGGAACUUGUGAGUCCACCUUCAGACGGGGAGGAGGGGGAGGCAGAGGAGAGAAGGAUCGCUGCUGACCGUCACCUCCACAGCGCAGCUCUACUGCAAAAACAGAAACUGCAAGCAGAAGGACAUGAAUUCUCCGGAAAAUCUAUCAUAGAUUUCAAAGCAGUGCGUUUCGAUUUCGGAAAGGAUGCGCAAUAAGAUUCUACUUGGGAAUAUACAUUGAUAUUUGUGGUCCUCAGGGAUUCGAGGAUCUUGCGAG